CGGCGCGUACCGGCUUCUUCGCCGUGCCAUCACCGCGGUGCCAUAACUGUCGGUCCGUCGUUACCGUCGGCACGCUGCCGGAUCGCGACGUCUGUGUUUCGUUUGAAUAAUACAACUUUUUUUUAAUUUUUUAUUUAUUAAUAUUUUUUUGUUUUUUUUGGUGAUUUAUACUUAAAUUAAAAAAUUAUUUUUGAAAAAAAUAACGUGUGAAGGUGGUCGUUUUUGGACUAGUCCGACAGGUGUAUUAUAAAGGAACACGUGCCGAUCGCCCAAUGGCCAACGUAUUAAAGGAGAUUACUUGGACACGGUCCAUAGAAAACCAACCGAUAUAAUAACAUAUUUUCUUUUCGUUGAAUGAGCUCGACAAAAGAAAUAUUUUGCCGAGUCAAUGUCGGGAUGUAUCAGAGUGUCCCGGACGGGAGUCCGAAAUGACGGUACAGUACAAAAUCCUCACCAACAGUACGCCCAAAUAAUUAAGGUAUAUACCGAUUGGGCGAACCAUUAUUUGGACAAAGCAAAGUCGAAAAGAAACAUCAAAGAUUUGCAACAAGACUUAGCUGAUGGUGUGCUACUAUCUGACCUUGUAGAAACUAUAUGCAAUCACCGGUUGCCCGACGUCAACAGAAAACCCAGGACUCAUUUACAAAUGUUGAGUAACAUCAAAAGCUGCUUGGACCUUCUGGAGACGCUCGGCGUGACGUUGGACGGCAUCACCGCGCACGACGUCAAAGAGGGCAACCUCAAGGCUAUUUUGGGUCUGUUCUUCGCAUUGUCCAAGUACAAGCAGAAACAGAAACAACAACAGAAAGCCGACCAGAGUACCGGCAAAUCCAGGAUACCCACAGACAUGAAGCAGCAGCAGCAGCAGCAUCAGCACCAGCACCAGCAGCAAUCAAGACUUCCUGGACCUACCCUUCACUCUGGCAACAUAACAAGUAUACCCACCCCGUUCGCACAGAGGUUCCAUCACUUGCAAAAUACACCUGCAGCAGUUAACAGUCCGUACACUGGCGUCAAGUGUGCGUCCAACAGUAGUUCUCGUUCGACCAGUCCUCAUACGUUCAUACCGUCGCCAAAAACAGUGAUCAAGACACCUGUGGCUUACCCCAAGAACAUCAACCAAAAAAAUGGAAUUUCGAUUAAAACCAACAUUGCCAGCCCGUAUAGUUCGGCCCAAAAGAACAGCAUUUUAUUGGAAAAACUGAAAGCGUCGUCCAACCAAAAAGAAAAAUCCAAUAAACAAGUUCUCGCCAAUACAAAAAGAACUUCGAGCUCUAGUGGAUUUAGUUCGGCUCGAUCUGAACGCAGUGAUUCGUCAAACAGUCUCUCUAAUGAACCCAAAACAUUACCCAAUGUUGAAAAAGUAGAAAACUCAACAGAUAUUUCAAAACCAGUUCUUAGGAAAAAAAUUGCUCGUCCACCAGUUUCGGCAGAGAGUCGUCUUUCAAAAAUUAGCACAAAAUCUACAAGUCCACCAAAGUCGGAAAACGCACAACGGAAAAGUGGAGAGAUAUUAAACCCGAAUAAAGAAGAAAUAAAUUGCUCGUCCACAAUGGAAACGUCGCAGACUCAGUCGGUGAGACUUAGCGGAACUGGCAUUCCUAAACCUGUAGCCACAGUGAAAGCAAUGGCCAAACCGACACAUACAGUAGCGCCGAUGCAGCAAAUUAACCCCGAGCUUAAAAAAGUGGACGACCUCGAAGAGAAAAAUAGCGAAAAAUUGCCCGAAAUACACAUCGACCACAAGAAGUCCGAAAAUAUUUCUCAUUUGGCGCCUAACGAAAUUAAACACGAUAAACAGAAUUCGUUUACCGAGGAAGACGAUCCGGCGUUAAAUGUAAAGCCAAUGGAACCAUUGUUGAGAGGUUAUAAAAGAUCAAUUAUUGUUCCUCAACAUCGUACUAUACCUUCGGACUUGGGAUUAGCGCAAAAUAGUUCUGUGAAUAAUAAUUUUCAAGAGAAACGUAUAUCUGCAGACUCGGACUACGGUCAUCAGUCGUCAGGUUAUGUUUCUGAUGGAGAUGUUCUUCAGUACGACAUUCAGUCGAGGCAAACUCUGGCAACUGAUCCGGGUUAUAUGUCCGAAGGGCCGACCUAUAAUGACUCCAAGUCCAAUAGAUUCCAGAGUUCAGCACUUAACUGCAAACUGAACAACAUCCUACAGAAUACCACUACUAAUCAUGUGAAUUUGAAACAACGAAUCGGUUCCGUUGACACGCUCGAUACGAAAACAAAAGAUCCAAUCGUUACAUUGGGAAAUCAACAAAAAAUCAAACUGAAUCGGUUCAAUGUUGGGCCUGACGGGGGCUCUUCGAGUCUGGGCCCCGAUGUCAGUCCACCGACAAGUCCGCCAGAACCUACACCCGUGGCGCCUGUAUAUAAAGUCAUUGCGCGCAAUCAUGUCAAAAAGGCGGAUAGUGGACAACAAACGGAGUUGAACAGUUCCAGCUCUAGACAAUCUUCUCAAUGGAAGAAAUAUAUAGAAGCCGGUAAAACCGCUGAACAGAUGAGAUCGAGCGAAUUGGAAAGAGUACGAGACAAACAGAGUCCGAGGAGAACGGAAAAAAAGCGAUCGAUCGAUGGAUCACGCGAAGAUUUACACAACGUGGAUUAUAUGGAGAGAAAAUCACGUAGCGACAGAGCCAAAGGCGGUCGUAACGUCCCUCAGAGUUUUGGAUACGUCAAACGUUCUACGUCGAGUUCAAACGGUGGCAAAGGCGAUUCGAGGACCGCUCAAGUUUCGGCCGUUCCCAGAACUAAAGUAAAAGUCUCCGGCGGCACUCAGACCGAUAUGAAAUCCUAUUCGGUGAGCGGUCCAAGCGCUACACAGUUGUCGCAGAGUGUCAGGGAACGACUCAUGGCGAAUCAGUCGGAUCAAGAACCCAAAAUGAGCAGUCCUUAUGGUACAUGGGUGAGACGCAGUCCCGUUCCACCACACUAUACAGCUUCUCUACCUUCUAGGACUGGAGCUAUAGGAGGCAUGAUUGAAGCGGAAAGUAUAGAAUCACUUCCGGCACAGCUGCAUCAUCGAGCGAGCUUAACUCAUUCAAGACUAAUGACGUCCGCAUCGCCAAACACGAGUCCAUCGCCGAGCCAAGCCAACAGGAUUUCAAGGAGUAAUAGCAUAAGUUACCUAAGAGAUCGGACAUUUCCAAGAUCGACCAAAUCGGAAAAAAUGUAUCCGUCGAUGUUACAGCGUACAGACGAGCCGGAUUCAUACUACAGUAUUCCUUAUACGUCGUCUAACCGAUCGGAGCACCGCACUUUUCCUCACGCUUCACAGCCCACAAGUCCGACGCCCACUGGCCGCUAUAAUUAUCAAUCGCCUCAACCGAACCAUCGUUCGAUAUUGUCGUCUCCCUACGCUGCAUCUAUAAUGAGCAAAAUUAACGGCAAAGACGACGAUGCCCACGGAUCGGCUUUGAGUCUGAUAUCGACUGGAUCGUCAUCGUUGUACAGUGGAAUCGGUGCGGACGAGAAACAGGCGCACGAAGUGAGACGUCUAAGGAGAGAUUUGAGCGAUGCUCAAGAUAAGGUUCAUACGUUGACCAGUCAAUUGUCGACAAACGCGCACGUCGUGUCGGCGUUCGAACAGUCUUUGUCCAACAUGACUCAGAGACUUCAACAACUGACCGCGACCGCCGAAAAGAAGGACCACGAGCUUCGCGAAUUGCGCCAGACCAUUGAAGUGCUGAGAAAACAAAACGCAGAGUCCGGGAACUUUACGGGAAACCAAACCAACGUCAACGGUCAUCAAAGGCGGCACACCAUCAACUCGGCCGCGGCCGACUCGAGCACCGGCAAUAACAUCAUUUCACGUCAACUGUCGACAGAUUCGGUGUCCAGUUUGAACUCUCUGUCGUCGGCUUGCAGUGCAUCGAGUUCGGCUCAACAGUCCGAAGCCGACAAGAAAAAGAAAAGAGGAUGGUUACGCAGCUCGUUCAACAAAGCUUUUUCGCGUUCAAAGAAAAACCGCAGUAAUUCUUUGUCAGACGCGGAAGAAGCGCAAAUCGCUCGAGCCCAUCAAAACGCAUUCCUCUCGGACCUGUCGGCACCGUCUUCGCCUUUAUUGAACGCCGGCCACAUGAACGGUUUGAGUCUGAAGAACGGCCAUUCGUCCACCACGAGUCUGUACGACUGUGAUCGCAACGAGCACGACUCGAGUCCCGAAAUGGUGGAUCAGUUGAAGAAACAACUGCGAGAAAAAGACCUCGUUCUCACCGACAUAAGAUUGGAAGCUCUCAGUUCGGCUCAUCAACUCGAAUCGUUGAAAGACACCGUUAUAAAGAUGAGAGACGAGAUGUUAAACUUGAAGCAGGACAACGAAAGAUUGCAAAAAAUCGUGACGGAUCAGUCUCUCCAGUCAAGUUGUAGUUCCUUAUUGUCUCCUCCUAUGUCGUCGAGUCAUACUCCGGGCGACGAAUCGACCGAGGCGUUAUUGAAAUCGUUGGACUCGGACGCCGCUCUAGUCCAAGUCAAAGUGUUCCUCGGCAGUCACGGCAGCUUCAACAAGUACAAUGAAAACAAAGAGAAGACGUGCACGAUAUCUGCGUUGCCGGUUUCUCCAAAAACAAAAUGGGAUAUGGUCGACCAUCUCGUUGUCAAAGGGUUCAAAGAUUAUGUAGAACGUAUCGAUCCGUUAACAAAACUCGGACUCUGUGGCGAUUCCAUAUGGAGCUAUCACGUCGACGAUUUAGUGCGUUACGUUUCAAACGGCACGGACAACAAAGCGGUGUCGUCCAACAAGUCUCCCUACGAGUGCUUAACCAACGGCUCGCACAUAUCCAUUUGCCUUAAAGGGGCCAUGCACUCGGGCAGCUUGGACGCCCUGGCGUUUAGUACGCUCAUACCGAAAACUAUUCUCCAGAGGUAUGUGUCCUUGUUGAGCGAACAUCAUAGAAUAAUCCUUUGCGGGCCCAGCGGCACGGGCAAGUCUUAUUUGUCGUCAAAGCUCGGCGAAUUCCUGGCAAUGAAAACGGGAAAAGAAUGUAAUUCUUCGAGCGUCGUUACUUUCAGUGUCGACGACAACACCAACAAAGAUUUGCAACGUUACUUGUCCGGAAUAUCGGACCAAGCCGAUUGCGACGCGUCCCAAGUUCCGAGCGUUGUAAUAUUGGACAACUUACACAAGGCGCUUUCUUUGCCGGACGUGUUCAACGGGUUUCACAGUCCGAAAUGUCCGUACAUAAUCGGCACUAUUAACCAAUCGACGUGUUCCACUACGAGUCUGCAGCUACACCACAACUUCCGAUGGGUGCUGUGCGCCAAUCACAUGGAGCCGAUGAAAGGUUUUCUCGGUCGUUGCUUGAGACGUAAACUCGUAGAACACGAAUGUCAGCUGGGCCAGAGGAACGCACAACUCAAACGGGUCGUCGAUUGGAUUCCCGAAGUGAGAAAUCACUUGAAUCAGCUGAUCGAAACGCACAAUUCGUCCGAAGUGACUCUAGGUCCUGGCUUGUUUAUUUCUUGUCCAAUGGAUCCGGAGUCGUCGCAGACGUGGUUCACGGAUUUGUGGAACUACUCGCUAGUCCCGUACGUGAUGGACGUGGUUCGCGAAGGAAUCAAGUUGUACGGCAAAAGAUCCGCCUGGAAAGACCCGACUUCGUUCGUGGUCCAAUCGUAUCCUUGGUCGAACGUCGUGCGUAAAACGUUGGAAUCGUUUAUCAGAAUAAGACCGGAAGACGUUGGCUACGAUAUGGAACAAGAUCACGAUCCUUUGUUGAACAUGUUGAUGACGCUUCAAGAAGCCGCAAAUUACUCUAGUCCUCAGAACGAUAAGGAAAUGAGUUUGCCCAUUGGCGGCGGCAAUGGAACCUUGGCGACGUUGUAGGCAGACUCGAGAGAUAUUUUAUUAUUAUUUGUUUGUGAUUUUUAUUUUAUUUUUAAGUUAAAUGUGUAAACCAAAAAGAGUUUUUGGUCACGAUAUAUCCCAAAGACGUUGUUUUUACCAAAUAGUCUAAUGUUACGUAAAGUCCGGCGAGCAGAGUGCCGCCGUAAACUGUUUUAUUUUAUUUUAUAUAAAACACAAGCGCAAGCUCGACAUUUUUUAAAAAGAAUUAUUUUUUUGAAAUUUUUACCACUGACAAUAAAAUCGGAUGUUUUUUUAUUUCACGAAAAUAAAAAUGAAGGCUGCUUUUUCUAAUUUUGUAUUCGUCGUAAAUAUUAAUUAUUUAUGCUCAAACUGUUAACAAUUUUUAUAAGAUGUCAAGUGAAAAUCAACAGAUUCUGUUUUCUUAGCAAAAAUUUUACAACGUAUUUAAAAAAAAAAGAAAAAUUGUAAUUAAAAAAUAUUUUUUACGCUUUUAUAUAUUGUGAGCUACGUGGACUUCCAAAAGGAUUUAUAACUUAUACAAUUAUUAUAUAUUAUUUUACAUUCGACUAUAUUUGUACCGUAUUAUAACUGACGAGAGAAAAAUGUAUUGUAAUAUUCUUUAUUACUCGUAAAAAUUUAUGUCACUCCAAAAC